AUGGCGCAGUCAAAGAGUCGGUUUGAAAAUACACAGGGAGUUAAUAAGAAAGAUGAUCUGAAUGAGAAUGAGCAAGAUGAGAUUGAGCAUGAAACCCUUUACACUGCAACACCGGUUGACAUGGAUCUUAUGAAUCUCCAAGCAGAAUGUGAAGUCCAGACAAAAUGUGAAGAACCUGGUCCUUUCAUUCAGGAAUGCAGCCAGUCAUAUCUUGAUGUGUCGCUGAAUUUCCAUGACUACACAUGUGAACCAGUACCAACACCAAGUGCAGUAAGUGUACGAAGAUGUAAUGGAAAUCCUUCAAAGUUAAACUUUAAUACAGGUAUUCCAAAUGAAGGGACAUUUAAUGCGUUUUUCGAGGAAAUGACAGAUGUGCGAAAGCAGUCCAAAACAGCAAGUGGGGGCCGUCCGAAUUCUCUUCGACUUAUUGAUGAAUUUUUCAUGUUCUUGAUGAGAUUGAGAUUAGGUCUGUUAGUUGAUGAUUUAGCUGCCAGAUUUUGUAUUUCAUCUAAUGCUUGCAGUAGAUUACUUAACAAAUGGAUUGACUAUUUAGAUGUAAAGUUAAACUUUUUAAUAAUGUGGCCAUCAAAACAGGUAGUGAAAGCAAAUAUGCCAAAACUUUUUAGAGACAAAUUUCCAGACACCAGGGUCAUUAUUGACUGCACAGAGAUAAAAACUGAAACACCGAGUUCAUUGCAGUUGAAUUCCAUGAUGUACAGCGAUUACAAAUCACACAAUACGUGGAAAUCUCUAAAUGGGAUUAGUCCUUCUGGCCAAGUAACUUUUGUGUCAGACUUAUGGGUUGGGUCAAUUAGUGACAAACAAUUAACAAAACAAUCUGGAAUUAUUAACUUGUGCGAAGAGGGUGAUGCAAUCAUGGCAGACAGAGCUUUUACCAUUUCGGACUUAACAGCACCAAAGGGAAUCAAACUUAUUAUACCACCUUUUAAACGUUCGAAUUGUAAAUUUUCGAAGAGGGAAGUUCAACAAACCAGAGAUAUUGCCAAUGCAAGGAUUCAUGUCGAAAGGCAGAUUGAACGGAUAUUAUUUGCUUUAUUUGCUGCAGCACUCGCUGCUCCUGAACGUAGUGAAUGCAAACAAUAA